CCAGGUGGCUGUGGCUGUGACUGGCGAGGGACAUUGAUGAGCAUACUCUCAAGUCUCAAGCGCAGCCUUGCAAAAUCGAAAUAAUUCGAGAGAAAGGGGUUUAGGGCUAGGUUGUGACAGAGUCUAGAAUCAAUGGAAGACGGUGAAAUAGAAGAGGGACCAAUGGGUGGUGUAGACGAAGAUGAACAAUCCUCAGAGCCGCGCAAAUUGGAGGAAUCGCCCUUCGAAAUCCUGCGUACCAGCAAGACUUCCGUUGAGAACAUCGUCGCCGAUAUUCUCUCCAUUAAAAAGGAGGCUAAACCCAAACAACACCUUCGAGAUCUCGUCACUCAAAUGUUCCUGCACUUCGUCACUCUCCGCCAGGCAAAUCGCAAUAUCUUGCUUGAGGAAGACAGAGUGAAAACCGAAACGGAGCGUGCCAAGGCUCCCGUGGAUUUCACAUCGCUGCAGCUUCACAACCUUAUGUACGAGAAAAGCCACUACGUGAAGGCAAUCAAGGCUUGCAAAGACUUCAAGUCCAAAUAUCCCGACAUUGACCUCGUUCCCGAGGAGGAGUUUUUCCGCGACGCUCCACAGGAUAUCAAGGACUCCGUUUUGUCAAGCGACGCUGCGCACAAUCUCAUGCUCAGGAGGCUCAAUUUCGAGUUAUUCCAGCGCAAAGAACUCUGCAAACUUCACGAGAAACUGGAACAACAAAAGAAAAUUCUUUUGGAGACUAUUUCAAACCGAAAGAAGUUCCUGACAAGUCUCCCUUCACAUCUCAAGUCUCUUAAGAAGGCUUCCUUGCCAGUACAAAACCAGCUAGGGCUUCAUCAUACAAAGAGAUUAAAGCAGCACCAUUCGGCAGAGUUGCUUCCUCCAGCCCUUUAUGUGAUCUACUCACAACUGUUGGCUCAAAAGGAGGCCUUUAGAGAACCCAUUGAUCUGGAGAUUGUAGGAAGCCUGAAAGAUGCUCAAGCUUUUGCUCGUCAACAAGCUCACAAGGACACCGACAUGUCCUCUACCGCUGAUAGUUCCAAAUUGGAAGAUGAUGCUCCUGAUGAAGAAGAAGAUGGUCAGAGACGGAGGAAAAGGCCAAGGAGGGUUCAAGUCAAGGAUAGCCUUGAUCAGGGUGGAAUAUUUCAAGCUCAUCCACUUAAAAUCAUUAUCCAUCUGUAUGAAGAUGAGACUUCUGGUCCUAACUCUGCAAAACUCAUUACUCUAAGGUUUGAGUACAUGGUGAAGUUGAAUGUUGUAUGCGUUGGAAUAGAAGGAUCUAAUGAUGGUCCAGAGAAUGACAUCUUGUGCAAUUUGUUCCCUAAUGAUACGGGUCUUGAGCUUCCUCACCAGUCAGCCAAACUCAUUGUUCAGGAUGCUAAAACAUUCGAUACACAAAGAACUUCACGUCCUUACAAAUGGGCUCAGCACCUUGCAGGGAUUGAUUUCUUGCCUGAGGUGUCUCCCUUGAUUCUUACAGACAAUGAUGGAGCGGUCAAGAAUGAAAAUGUUAUAUCUGGUCUUUCACUAUAUCGUCAGCAGAACCGAGUACUGACAGUUCUGCAGAGAAUCCGUGCAAGAAGAAAAGCUCAGUUGGCUCUUCUGGAACAGCUAGAAUCUCUGACAAAGCUUGAGUGGCCUCAUCUGUCCUGCAAAAGUGUUCCGUGGGCUUUGCACACUCCUCUGUGUAAUUUGGAUAGUUGGUCACCUGUAAGAGUUCCACCUGUCCCUAGAGAAUCCUCAUCUCCUGCUGUCGUAGAUAAAGAGGAGCAUGUUCAGGAACCAAUGGAUGCUGAUAUAAAUGAACGAUCUGGUGCCACAAAAGCAGAACUGGAGAGUAUAACAGAAGAUGGGGAGCUUCCAACGUUGCUUCCUAACAUGUCUAAGCUUGACCAUUCCACACAACUGAACUUAAUUUCAAAAAGUAUCAUUCCUCCACUCAAUAAAAUCAGGUCACAGAGUUUCAAAAAACUUGAUGAUAGUUCUGAUUUCUUGUUGGAUAUUGAAAGUGAUCUUGAUGAGCCAGCACAGAUUGAACAAGAACAUGAAAAUAUAUUAUCCAGAAAGUCCGUGUCAUGGAUGGAUUAUGGGCUCAGGGAAUUUCGCCUAGUUCUUUGCAGAAAAAUCACUGCUGAUGAGAGCAAUGUGAAUUUAGAAGCCAAGAUCAAGAUCAGCAUGGAAUAUCCUUUAAGGCCUCCUCUUUUUGCAUUGAGUAUUUGCUGUAUAUCCUCUGGGGAAAACCAUGAUGGGACAGGAUUAGAAUGGUACAAUGAACUUCGUGCAAUGGAAGCAGAGGUCAAUCUGCACAUAAUAAGGAUGCUACCUGUCGAUCAACAAAAUUAUAUAUUGGCUCAUCAAGUGAGUUGUCUCGCUAUGUUGUUCGACUAUUAUUUGGAUGAGGCGUCUCCAUCAUCUGAAAGGACAAAUUGUACUUCCGUGGUUGAUGUUGGCUUAUGCAAGCCUGUUAAUGGUAGAUUCCUGGGUAGAUCUUUUAGAGGACGGGACCGCAGAAAGAUGAUAUCCUGGAAAGACAUGAACUUCAAUUCUAGCCGUCCCUAAUAAUGGUAGGUUCCUGUACGGUUCUUUCAAUGGAAAGGAUCACAAUAAUGAUCUCAUGUGAAGACGUCCCCCCAAAUUGUCCCAAGUAGUAAUGUUCAGCUGUGGAGGUGACAAAUGGAUGCUAUGGAAAUGGUGCUCAGCUUUACUAUUAUUGCAAGGAUAAGGACAUUGUACAUCUGUAAUACGCGUUCAGCCAACCAUUGGACAUCAUUGUUCUUGACUUACAACCAAAAAACUGGCGAGAUACUGAGAGGUUUUGAAGAGUUAAGAUCCUCUCCAUUUCUUGUCUUUGGAGUGUAUAAAUGACAUUAAAUUUUUAUCACGAAAAAUAUUUAUCUCAUUUAUACACUCAAAACUAUAAUGAAGAAAUGGAUGACUAGAAAUGGAGAGGAUCCAAAUUUGAUUUUGAAGGGGUCAUUUCAGCUGAUGAUUACUUGAUUCAUUUUUAUUAUGAUCUACGUUCUGGCAAAAGCAGCUAGUUGAGGUUCAGUUUGGAGCAGACAUCAUGGGUGGAAUCCCUUGCAAAGACCAGAUGUUUUCCUGUUAGCGGAAUUUUUAAGGAUUAAGGGCAUUAUUACAACUAGUUGGUUGUUGCAUUAGAUAUUAUUGUAAUCUUUAAGCACUAGGAUUUUACUUAUAAUUUAUUGUCUUAGGAGCUUGAGUUUGAUUGUAGUUUAUAGCGCAGAGUGAUUUCCUGGGGAGUGCUAGCCUGCUGUAUAAUUCAAUUCAGCCAUUAAGCAUUUGAUUUACUCUUUGAAGGCUCAAUUAAUCAAUCAAAACGUCUCUACUCGUACA